GUGCCUAGGGUGAGAAGAACUCAUGGAGAAGUUCAAGGCCCUGCUGGACCUGCAGAUCAAGCACCGCAGCGCCCUGGGCUAUGGCCUGGUGACCCUGCUGACGGCUGGUGGGGAGAAGAUCUUCUCCACAGUGGUGUUCCAGGGUCCCUGCACUGCCACCUGGAACCUGACCUACGGCCUGGUGUUCCUGCUGGUGCCUGCUUUAGCGCUUUUCCUCCUGGGCUAUGCGCUGAGGGCACGCACAUGGCGUCUGCUCACCGGCUGCUGCUCCCGGAGUGCAAGCACGGGAUCCAGUUCGGAGUUGCGCAGCGCACUCGUAUGCGCGCAGCUCAGCGCGGUCGCAGCGCUCGCUCCCCUCACCUAGGUGGCCGUGGCGCUACUUGGG